AUGUUGUAUAUUUACCACGUCAUAACUGAAGCGGCAGUAAGCGUAGUAUUGUUUCGGGAAAAGAACUACCUCCAACAACCUAUUUUCUAUGUCAGCAAGAGCCUGAUUGACACUGAGAAGAGAUACACUCUGGUAGAGAAACUUGUCUUGGCAUUGGUAGAAGCCAAGAGGAAACUCUGGCAAUAUUUCGAGGCUCAUACCAUUACAGUGCUCACGAAUCAGCGUAUUAAAGCAAUCUUGCCCAAGCCAGAUCUGUCGGGUAGAGUCACAAAAUGGACGAUCGAGUUAGGAGCAUUUGACAUCAGGUACCAACUGAGAACAUCUAAAAAAGGACAGGUAGUUACUGAUUUUCUCGUUGAAUGUUAUCCCAUAGAAGGAAUGCAUGAGAAACAAAGGGAUACGGUAGGAGCAUGGUGCAACAAGGAAACACCGUGGGAGUUAUAUGCAGACGGCUUAUCCAACCGGGUAGGGGCCAAGGUCGGGAUCUUCCUUUCUUCGCCAAAAGAAAUAGAGCUAGAAUACUCUAUCAUAUUGGAUUUCUCUGCCUCAAACAAUGUUGCUGAAUAUGAAGCCUUGGUAUUGGGAUUGAAAAUUGUCGGACUACUGAAGAUAUGUAAUUUAAAGGUGUACAGUGACUCCCAACUUAUAGUCAAUCAAGCAAAUGAGGAAUACGCGACCAAAGACGAAAGGAUGGAGGCGUAUCAAUAA